AUCAUUGCGAUUUUCUGAUUGAUUCUACCUAUGCACGGUGUUUAUGAGAAUGACGGCAUUUUCGAGACAAAAUGCCGUCGUUGACGUUCGAAAAAAUGUCACUAUUAACCAAGGAACAUCGCCUCUCAGUCAAGCCGUUUGCUGCAGUCCCGGCUCUGCUGGACCUUCCUGAGAUCAAACGCGGAGCCUCAGCCUCGAAUGUCUCCUCCUGCCUCUCAUCCAUGGGCGGCAGUGUCGAUCUUGAGGAGGGUUGCCUCAUUACAAAAUCUGUGAAGUAUGCGCACCGGCUUGCUUACAUGGUCAAUGCAGCGCACUCUGGGGAUGCAAAGCCAAUUCAGGAUCUCCUUGAGUUUGACUUGAAGGUCAUACCGUACGCUCGAUUCAAACUCGAAGACCCAUGUAACAUUGUUCUCCUCGAACCGUUUGUCCACACGUCACUAGAUCUGUACGCUUUCAUUGCAUUGUCGCCGUCGUCCUCAACUGUCAAUGGGCUUAUCAAGAUGGUAAAAUCCGACAAUGACCGGCGUCAACAAGAAAUGGAUCGAAGGGGCGGUGCAAAAUAUCGUUCGCUCAAUUUUCUUUCCUCCAGUUUCACCAACCCAGAAUAUGAAUUACUUGCUCUGCACCCAGAGCAUUUCCUGCCUCGUGGCUCCGUCCUCCCCAUUUAUGAACCCACUACCGGAACUUGGAAGAAUUAUGUCCCAUCGCGCGACCGAUGCCUCCGCGAGUCGAUUGAACCUGACAGUCCUCGCUUACCACCCUUCCGCCAUGACUUUCAAAACCGCGGCAAAUUUGACAACCUGAACAUUUUCCUCGUCGCUAUAAACGCCGAAAUCAAAUUUCGACGCUACUUGAAAAUGACUCAAGAGGACCCUCCUACGGCCGCUCUCCCAGAUGACAUUCUCGCGCUUAUGCGUUGCGUCUCAGAGCUUGUUGACCUCCUCUACUGGGUGCCUGUGCCAACGAAGGGCUCGAAGGGGCACACGAUAUUAGCUGAAAGGGCGCUCCUGAAGCGCAAACAUCGAGAAAGGGCUGGAAGACCACAGUACACUGAGACAGUGUCUGAUGAAGAGGGCGGGAUGGGCUUGCUGACUCCAAGUAAAGCUUGGAAAAUGUCAAAACGCUCUAGGCAGCUUGACUGGCUAGCCGAUGCGGAUGUGGAGACGCGGAAAGCUUAUGGAAGUGCGUUGAUGAGUGGCCAUGACAUCGAUUACGAUCCAGCCUUGUUCGAGGAUGCAUUCCCGAUUGAUGAUCCAGCACAUUUAUACUCUGACAAUGCAGCCAUGGAGAAAUGGAACCAAGGCGUUUCAAAGGGUCUGACUGCAUAGGCGAGCAUAGUACCACAGGGAAUUCCUUUUUCCUGGCGGAAUUUCUCCUCUACACAUUCACUCCACCACGUUAUAACGUUAUAUUUACUGCGUAACCACUUUGCGAACCAACCAGUGUGCACUACAGACAUAACAUUCCUAUUUAACAACGCGUCACA